AUGUCUGCCUUUGUCGUGAGGUAUUGCCAAGUGUCAGGAUUUGGCGAUGCAAGCACCACGAAGGCACAAUCUGACGUCUCCACAAGUUCUGAACCAGUUGGCACAAACUACCACAACCCCGAAGGCGAACAAUCAUUUAAAGUCAAUCAUCGUAGUAGUGGAGUGUCAAACUCCACAAAUUUUACCAAUGUAGAGUGUCCUUCGUGUCAAAGAAUUUAUACAAAAAGAUCAUUGGACUUUCAUCUCAAGGUUUGUGCUAUACGCCAAGCCGAGGAGGCAAAACGACGAAAUGCAAUUGAAGCUGCAAUUGAAAAGCAGAAACGAGGACCUUCCAGACCACCUGGAAAGCCCUGCUACAUCUGUGGUCGUCGAUACACCAAAAGUUCGUGGGGAUGGCAUGAACCAAAGUGUCAAGAGCAAUGGAACACGUGGAAUAGUCGUCUUCCAAAGCAUCUUCAACAUCAAGAUGGACUUCUAGUUCCCGACACUGAUGAUGAAACUCUGACAGCUGUAGUAGAACAUGAAAAAGCAGCAGGAAAUUCAAAAUUUAACAAAAAAGAUGCUCUUGAAAAAGUUUUACUCGAAGCGAGUCGUGUAAAUGCUCUACCUGUAUAG